CACGCUGUACAUUAACAAGCGCUCGUUUCUCUGUAAAUUUCGAUCAUCCAUUGAAAGGUAAGGAACCAGAAUCAGCAAUUAUAAUGGCCCGCACGAAGCAGACAGCAAGGAAAUCGACCGGGGGAAAAGCCCCCCGAAAGCAAUUGGCAACAAAGGCGGCUCGCAAAUCCGCGCCUGCAACAGGCGGAGUGAAGAAGCCGCACAGAUUCAGGCCUGGUACAGUGGCCCUCCGAGAGAUCCGAAAGUACCAGAAGAGCACAGAGCUUCUGAUCAGGAAGCUGCCUUUCCAGCGGCUGGUUAGGGAAAUUGCGCAGGAUUUCAAGACCGAUUUGAGGUUUCAGAGUUCUGCCGUUUCGGCUCUGCAGGAGGCGGCAGAGGCUUAUUUGGUUGGACUGUUUGAAGAUACAAAUCUCUGUGCAAUUCAUGCAAAGAGAGUCACCAUUAUGCCCAAAGAUAUUCAGCUUGCGCGCCGUAUCCGUGGCGAAAGGGCUUGAUUUCACUCCAUUUGUUCCCCCAUUUCGUCUUCUUCUUCUCUGUCGGUGUGUUUUCACACCACUCUUUAUGGGAAAAUUUGCCUGGGUUUUGGUUAUUUUUCGUUUUCUUUCUGUGGUUGAUGGGUUUUUGGUCUGAGAUGUGGAUGGGUGAACUGAAAAGUAUUAGCUUGGUAGUUUUUGGAUUUAUCAAUGUUAUCUUUUUUUAAUGGUCA